AUGGCAAAGAUGAAGGAAAAACUGUCAAACUUUAUUCGUCUUUCGAAACAAAAGACUUUUCCGCCGGAUGUCAAUUAUCUUGAAAAUGCAGAAGUCACAGACAUUUGUAAAGCAAACGGCUACCCGCGCCCCUUUCCACACAAGCUUGCUUCGCUGAGGAAGGAGCUUAUUGAUGCAUUUGUCGAGUGGCGUUACGUAACAUUUAUUCGUAUAGCUGCAUAUCAUGUGCAGAAGACGAGACUUGGCUUAUUGGCUCUUGAUGAGGAUGAUUCAGCAAAGCUGGUCGAGAAUGGAAAAAGCGACGAAAUAGAGAACAAAGCUAACGAUAACGAUGACAUUAAUGAGAUAAUGGCUGAUAUAAAAGUUGCCGAUAUGGAAUUGCCAGAAACUGAAACGGCAAAAAGAAUUGUCGAAAAGACGAUUGAAAGUGAUGAAAAAAAGGACGAGGAUAAUUUUGAUCGGGAAAUCUCGGAACAAGCAAGUUUUUGGAUGCUUUCUUGUCUAAAAACCAUCAGAUUUUCCACAGCUUUCGUUCAUUAA